ACGCCUCCUAUAAAAUCCGGACCAGAGCCCACUCGCUCCGGGCUACGCUCACUAGCUUCCAGCACACACUUGUCACCUUCCUCCCCGCAACGCAUCCAGCUACCCCGUCUCACUCCCGACCCAUCCCACCAGCACCAGGACAGACACAGACAGGACGAUGGAGUCACCCAUGGCGGCCCGGAGGCUCCUGCAGGAGGCGGCGGGCCUGUCGACGCCGGGCGCCCGGAUCAUCGCCGACGACAGGGACAUCGUCAUCAUCCUCGCCUCGCUGCUCUGCGCGCUCAUCACCGUCCUCGGCAUCGGCCUCGUCGCCCGCUGGUGCGCGUGCGGCGGCGCGGAAGCCAGGGCGCGCGCCGCCGCCAACAGGGGCGUCAAGAAGUCGGUGCUCCGCGCCAUCCCCACCGUGGCCUACGUCUCCGCCGACGCCGGCAAGGGCAAGGGCAAGGAGGAGGAGGCCGCCGCGGCGCCCGAGUGCGCCAUCUGCCUCGCCGAGUUCGAGGACGGCGAGGCCAUGCGCGUGCUGCCCCAGUGCGGCCACGCCUUCCACGCCGCCUGCGUCGACAAGUGGCUGCGCGGCCACUCCUCCUGCCCCUCCUGCCGCCGGAUCCUCGCCGUCCAGCUGCCGGCCGCCCAGCGGUGCCAGCGCUGCGGCGCGCGCCCCGACCCAGCCGUGGCGACCUGGAAGCCUCCGGCCCAGUACGGCGAGAUGCCGCCCUUCUUGCCGUAGCGGCCCGCGCGCGCGCUCGAUCUCCACAGAUCUGGGCGAGAGCUAGAAGACGACUAGUACCAGAGGAACCAGUCAACCAAUCGAUGAGCCUUCUGUUUGGUCAAAUAUCUCGGCUGCUUCUCUUAAUUACUCCCUCUGUAAACUAAUAUAAGAGUGUUUAGAUAACUAAAAUAGUAAUCUAAACACUCUUAUAUUAGUUUACGGAGGGAGUACCUUCCUUUGUUUAUCUCAUCAUCAGUAGCAGUUCUUCUUACGGCCUAGCUGGAAAUGCAUAGCAUUUCUGAAUUUAGGAUCCUGGCUUGAGGAUGGGUGGUGAUUAAGGUGUUGCCACUGCAUCUUAGUAGCUCUGUACAUUUGUAAAUAGUAACUAUAAUUACUCCUAAGGAGUAAUCGGCAUCAUCGAUUAGGCUUAUCUGAAACUGUGAAUACCUUUGCUUUCCAUGAAUCCAUUUGGCCAAUUCUGAAAAGAAA